AAUAUUUGUUUACAUUUUUUAAUUUUGUAGGUUAGGUUUAGUGUUAGGAUGAAUAUGGUAGUCUAAUCUCACGUAUCACCUGUUACAAUAUUUAUUUAUAUAAAAUGUGUUUCUAAUUAAAAGAACUACGUAGAGAUAACAUCAGCAAGUAUUUUUGCUCGUUUUCACUAGUGUUAAUUGCACCAUUCUCAACAUUCAUGAGUACCCGUGAAGGAAUUGAGUUGCUGUUCGGACCCCCACCAGUGCUCCCAGACGUAACAAAACAACUCAAGGAGUACCUCCUGUGUCCAGAACGGCUUCCGAUUCACAACUAUGAGAAGGCGCAACAGUUCUGGCCUCGGAAGCCCAACUUGCAGUCUUUGUUCUUCUCCGAAUUGUUGCCGCCUCCCACCACUCUCAAGGUGAUAAGAGACCCAAACACAGGAGAGAUCUCUGACAUCUGUGAGGUGGCUAAUGUUGGAGUGACUCAGCAGAAAGUGAACAGGAAACGCUCGGACAGCGAGAGUGACUCAGAACACGAUGAGUUUGUAAGUUCCCCAUUCCUAGGUGACCUGGACUGUGAGGAUGAUUUCCUGACGAUUCCAGUUGGUUUUGCCCAUGGUCUGGAGUUUGCUGAGGAUGGCUUCACACCUUUGGUCUCGACGACCAAGCCGAGCCCCAAGCCUGCUGAACCACAAGAAGAAAAGCUCCCAGAGGUAGAUCUGGUAGGGACGAAGAAUGUGGUCAACCUGAUGAACCUGAUCAACCAGGAACAUGAUGUCCUGGGACUGUGGCAGGAACCAGUCAAGAAGCCGGAGCCCCAAGAAAAAGCACCUGUUAUUGAGCUCAAGAUAACCUCAGAUGUAGAAGAGGAAAAUGUUUUACCGCCAGAUACUAGUGUGGGGCCCGUGCUGAGUAUUUCAAAGGCUGUGAUCAAGAAGGCUGUGGAGAAGACUCAGUGGGCAGAAGAAAUCGACAUCAGCACUCCAGUGACAGACUUCAACAAGAAGGUGCCAAGUCCGGCUUUCACAUGGCCCUUUGAAUUGGACACCUUCCAGAAGCAGGCUGUACUCAAACUAGAAGAGCACGAGAAUGUGUUUGUAGCAGCUCACACGUCUGCUGGCAAGACAGCAGUGGCCGAAUACGCUAUAGCCAUCUCUCUACGAUCAAAACAGCGAGCUAUCUACACGUCUCCUAUAAAAGCCCUGUCAAACCAAAAGUUCAGAGACUUCAAAAAGGUGUUUGAAGAGGAGCACAAGAUGGGCGAAGUGGGGUUGAUCACCGGCGACCUCCAACUGAACCCUAAAGCUGACUGUCUCAUCAUGACGACGGAAAUCCUGCGAUCUAUGCUGUACAAACGAAGUGAGGUCAUCAAUGACCUUGCAUAUGUCAUCUUUGAUGAGGUCCAUUACAUCAAUGACCGUGAGAGAGGCUAUGUGUGGGAGGAAGUGGUUAUCUUGCUGCCCAAGACUGUCAGCAUCGUGAUGCUCAGUGCCACAGUGCCAAACACAAUGGAGUUUGCCAAUUGGGUCGGUUGCACCACCAAGCGGCGAGUAUACGUCAUCAGUACACUCAAGCGGCCCAUCCCCCUGCAGCACCACCUGUACACUGGUACUGGCCGUGCCACACGUAACAACUGCUUCCUCAUCCGCAACGGCGAGGGUCCUUUCAUCCUUCAGGGGUACAAUGCAGCAAUUGCUUCUCGAGAGAAGAAGGAAAAGGAGCCACCUCAGGACAUACGUGGGGGUCGGGGUGGUAGAGGAGGUAUGAGAGGAGGUAGAGGAGGAGGAGGCCGUGGAGGACGCGGGGGAGGAUCCUCCGGCCCCCUAUAUAUGGGACCCAAGCAGGAGAAACAGCUUUGGGAGGGUCUCAUAGAAUAUCUCUCUGUCAACGACAAUCUUCCAGUUGUAGCAUUCACCCUGUCCCGCAACCGUUGUGACACCAAUGCCGAGCUGUUAUCUGGUGUGGAUCUUACUACAAAAGAGGAAAAACACUACAUCCACAUGUUCUUCAAGAAGAGCAUUUCCAAGUUAAAGCCAGAAGAUCAGAAGCUACCUCAGAUUAUGAAGCUGCAGACCAUUUUGGAGAAGGGAAUAGGAGUCCAUCACAGUGGUAUCUUACCUAUUCUGAAAGAAAUUGUAGAACUGCUUUUCCAGGAGAGUAAGGUUAAGCUGCUGUUUGCGACAGAGACGUUUGCGAUGGGUGUGAACAUGCCGGCACGUACCGUUGUGUUUGACUCAGUGAAGAAGUUUGACGGCACCAAUACACGUGCGCUCCUGCCAGCCGAGUACAUCCAGAUGGCCGGUCGCGCGGGGCGGAGAGGCAAGGAUGUUAUUGGCAAGGUUAUAAUUCUCUGCAAAUCUGAGGUGCCUGAAGAAUAUGUCCUAAAAUCUAUGAUGUUCGACAAGCCGAUGAAACUGGAAUCCCAGUUCCGCAUGACGUAUGCCAUGAUACUGAAGAAUCUGCAGCACAACAUGGAGGCUGAUGUCACUGUGGAGAACAUGAUCACCAGGAGCUUCAAGGAGUUCCCGGAACAAGCUAAACACUCCAUGUACAGAAAAGAAUUGUCUAUGCUGAAGAAACUACUGGAAGAAGAGGAGAUAAAAAGAGGAGGGUCCAAGAGGCCUGGAGAAGACAAGUUGGAGGAAUUCUUUGAUUUAGCCAUGGGCUACAUUGAGAAAUACAAUCGGUAUCAGGCUCUGGCCAUGAUCCAGGCAAAGGCAGUGAGGGAGAUGGUGAUUGGUCGGAUGGUGCUGAUCACGUACAAGGACCACAUCAAUAAAUAUGGCAUUGUCGUGGGCAAGGCGAACCAGGAAUCGGAGAAGGCGGUCUACAAAGUUCUAGUGCUGGUCAACCAGGACCACCCAGAGAAACCAGUGCACAAAGAUCUGUACUACCAGAUGUUGUGUGUGAUGAGACCCAAGCAGAGGUUCGUGUGGGACGGUCUCGGAGGCCACACGAUUCUGCGUCUGCAGCCAGUCCACAUAAUGAAGCUGACUCCCGAGAUUAUCAAGGUGGACGCAGAAGGCAUCGUACGCGACUGCGAGAAACGAGAACUACCCAGAUUCAAGGACGACCCUGUAGGUCCAUCCUGCCGGUCAGCAAUAGAGCAGUUGGCGUACUACAGUGAGACGCGCAUCUACGGCCAAUGGUUGGACACCAAGGAAGGCAAGAAUGUGGACCUGGUGGACUUGAGAAACUCUCUUUAUGCCUUUGAAAGCUGCCUGGAGCUGUGUAAGCCAACAGAGGUGCUCAACUGUGAUCAGCUGUUCCUGGACGUGUUCCGCCGUAAGGACAUCGAGUGGCAGAUCAAACAGAUCAAACACCAACUGUCAGCUCAGAGCUCUUCCCUUUUCCCGGAUUUCCAGAAUAAGCUCAUGUUUUUGCAGGAGCUCAAAUACAUUAACGCUGAUAAUGUUGUUGAGAUGAAAGGCAAUGUGGCAACACGCAUGGGCUCCAACGAGCUGAUGAUCACGGAGCUCGUGUUCCGGAACAUACUGCGGGACAUGCAGCCUGCGGAGAUCGCAGCGUUGUUGUCGGGACUGGUGUUCCAGGCCAAGACUAAUCACGAGCCUCCGGAAAAGUUGCUCUCUCAGGGAAGGAAAGAAAUUGAAAAUGUGAACGAUGAAUUGAUAAAAGUAGAAAGAGAGUGUGAAAUCGGUACACAGGACACCACUAGUGAAUUUGACAGACUUAACUUCGGUUUACUUGAAGUUGUUUAUGAAUGGGCUUCAAAUAAGCCGUUUGCGGAGAUAAUGACCCUAACCGACGUGCAAGAGGGUCUGAUUGUACGCUGCAUCCAGCAGCUCAGUGAAACACUCAACUACGUCAAGGGCGCGGCGGCGCAGCUCGGUGACCGCAUGCUGGAGCAGAAGAUGGACGAAGUCAAGGAACUCAUCAAGCGUGACAUUGUAUUCGCAGCUAGCCUUUAUACUCAGUAACGUAAAUGUUCCUUGUACAGAGCGGGUGACGAAUUUCUGUUAUUGUUCGGAAUACAUUUUUUAUUGUUA